AUGGCUCCUCGCCCUACUUUUUGCAAGCUUGUUCUUCCCACAACCCUUCAAUCUAGGCAAUUGAGGAUUCCGGAUAAUUUUCUGCGAAAACAUGGGGCCCAACUUUCGACUGCUGCCACCAUCUCUGUUCCUGAUGGCACCGUCUGGCGACUAGGAUUGAAAAAAGUUGACAACAAACUUUGGUUCGUCGAUGGUUGGCAAGAUUUUGUUCAACGCUACUCUAUUGGCAUUGGAUACUUUCUAGUAUUCACAUAUGAAGGGAAUUCGUGUUUCGUCAUUCAUAUCUUUAACAUGGGUAGUUCUGAGUUAAACUAUCAAUCCGCCAUGAGAGGCCGUAACGAAGGGCCUUGUUAUGCAAAUUAUCAUCCUCUUUUUAACGAAAUGGAAGAUAUUGACUCCCUUGAGUUUCUGAGUUCGCCACCUUCAAACCUUACUUCUGGUGUAUUGCAAGAGAAGGGUUUUGCUGGAUCUGGGGAUCAACUAACACCAGGGAAGAAUCAUACUCCAUCAUUGCAUAAUUUGUUUAAUGGCGGGUCUAAACUCAACCGCGUUAACUGGGGAGAUAUUGAUGGUACUCUUUCCUCAAAGGUUGACAUUCAGUCAACCAGAGAUAUAGGUGUUCAGUUCAAUGCUAGUGAGUUCAAAAAGUCUACAGAAGAAGUGAAAAUCCGAUAUUCUAACGAGGAAGGGCUUAAUAAUAGUGAUACUAAAAAAACUUCAAGAAAGAAGCGGAAAUCAGAUCUGAGUGCACAGGAAGGCUCUUCUGCUGAAAAUGAGGAGGACGCAGAUUCGCGCUAUCGAUUCUAUGAAAGUGCUUCUGCAAGAAAAAGAACUGUGACAGCAGAAGAAAGAGAAAGGGCAAUUAAUGAAUCAAAAACAUUUGAACCAACUAAUCCUUUCUGCCGAGUUGUGCUGCGACCCUCUUAUUUAUAUAGGGGAUGUAUAAUGUAUUUGCCUUCCUCCUUUGCAGAAAACAAUUUGAACGAGGUUUCAGGAUUCAUUAAACUUCUGGGCCCCACUGGGAAAGAAUUUCCUGUCCGCUGCCUUUAUAGAGGUGGCCGAGCAAAGUUAAGCCAAGGAUGGUAUGAAUUUACAGUAGAGAACAAUUUAGGGGAAGGUGAUGUCUGUGUUUUUGAGCUGCUUAGAAGCAGAGAGGUAGUGCUGAAAGUUACUUUGUUUCGUGUACGUGAGGAUGAAUCAGGGUUAUUCGACCCUUCUAUGCAGGUGAGCCAGAACGUGAGCCAUGCAAAACUGCUGAAUCCUCACUUGCAGCACCGUGUCAGCACCAUCAAACCGGUUAAAUAUUAG